AAAAUCAAACAUAACAUGUUCAAACAUGUUGUGUUGUUGGUUGUGGUGGUGCGGUUAAAUGCACCUGGUGCAUCGUCGGGCUGUAGUUUUGAUCUUUGGGUAUAUCUUAUGUCUUCUCAUCACAGCUGGAACUCUGUCGCCACUUUCCUCUGCUUUUCUCCAGCAUGUCACAGCUGUACAGGUUGUUUUGUGAGGGACUGCAGUCCCGCACCGUCGAAGAGGGGUUAUCGAGCACUCUCAUCCUGACAAGCACUCCUCUGGAAGACGACGGGGCCGAUGAUGCCGGUUUCGUCCAAGAUCCGCCUCAAGUUUCUAAGCCACCUCACAACUUUAGUCCUGAACUGGAAAAUGAAGUACUCUCAGAAAAAGAGAGUCCUAACUUGUCAGUCCAGGGCCAGGUUGGCAGUGCCUCGACCGAAAGUAAUGAAGCGGCCGAAGUUCCUGACCCAAACAAUGUCAACAAAAGACCUACAACGCCAAAAAUAUCUCUCGAUAAAUCACAACAGUUGUCUCUGAAAGUUUGUUCACCGAAGAGGAUAGAGGGUGCUGUUAAAGAUCAGAAGUCCAAUUACAAUUCACCUGUACCUCAGAGAGAUGGAAAUGUGAAUGUCUCUCCCGUUGAUUUUGUUGAUCGAAUUAUUGCUACCAAACAUCGUGAUAAAGCAGUAGCUCAAAAACAAAGAUGUCAGAGUAGCUCUUCUGAUUCAAUGGAAUCUGAAAAAGCUGCUAGUUUACACCGUAGCAGAUCUAGAAAGCGUACUCCAAUAUCAGAUUCAAGUGAAACUGAUUUUGAAGGUGCUGAUGAGUUAAUUCAAGAGCCUGCUACAGCUAGUUUAUCAUCCCCCAUUAAGUCUCCUCACAAUGAACUUCCAGUGAAAAGGCUGAAAGAAAACUCUGAUGCUUGUAAAUCUACUAGUGUUGAAUCAACUAUUAAUUUAGUGAUUGAAAAUACCAUAUCAUCUGUGGACUCAAUCAGUACAACACGGGCAUCAACAGAAAUUGAACCUGUUUCUCCUUCUGCUGCAAGAUGUCGUGUAUUCUUGAAGAGAAAUGCUGCAAGUGUUAUAAGUCCAGGAAGAAAUAUUUCAACUACUAACAACCGUGGAUCAAUUCAAAAUUGUACAUCUGAUCAAAUCACUUUGUCCAAGUCCAACUGUCAGCAGCAGUCUGAAGCAGACUGUCUGAGGUUGGCAGCUGUUUUGAAAGGGGUUGUUGCGUACGUUGAAGUGAGGUCUGGUCAUGAUAAUCGAUCAAUGGGUGUUCGAACUCAGCUGAGAGCUUUAGGGGCUACUGUGGUAGAGAAGAUGAACAAAGAAGUCACUCAUGUUAUAUUUAAUGAAGGUUCUUCUGCCACUUUACGACAAGCAAGAAAGCAAGGAUGCCAUCUAGUCUCAGUUCUGUGGAUUGAUGAAUGUAUAGAACUCACAGCAGUUGCUCCAGAAAAUAAACAUCCUCCACUCAAUAUGCAUCUCUAUGAAGAGUCUCAAAAUAUAAAAAAAUAUAGAAAGAUGAAGUCAUUACAACCGGACUUUGAAGCUGGUAAAGGAGAGGAAAGACUGAACAAUUAUAUUAAAAAAUAUCGAUCCAAAGUUAAAAAAGCUCCACAAUCUCAAGAUAAUGAGAAAUCUUCAGAUAGUAGUGGGGAAGAGGAACAUCAAACCGACUCUGGUGUUAACAAACAGCAAAGACCUGUGCUAUCUAAUAAGAACAUUGUAUUGAAGGAAUUGAGUGUUGUUCUCAAUAAAAUAAACACAGUUGGUGCAUCUGGAAUGUCUGUGUCAUCAGAUCAAAGACACAAACGAAGACUAAUGCCAUUGCAACAGAAAGAUUUCCUUUCUCAACCACUUAAUGACUAUGAUUCAGAAGAAGAUUUACGUCCAGAAAAUCCCUACACCUGUCCGUCAUCAAGUAAGCAGAGAACUAUUUUACCCACAAGAAGGGUGAGAAAACAGGUAAACACACCAAGGAGAUCAUCUUGCUUUGUGCGCAGUACACCAGGAUCUGUGCAGUCACAAUAUCGGCAGAGAAAGACGCAACCUCAAAUGCGGACUAUGGUGUGCACUUUUAUGCAUCGCAGAGAUAUAGAUGUUGUUGCUGCUGUUAUUAAACAAUUGGGGGGUUGGAUUUUAGAACCAACGGUAUCUCCUAAAACUACUCAUGUUGUGUGUGGUGACAGCAAAAGGACUAUUAACUUGUUGAAAGGUAUUGCCUAUGGUUGCUGGAUCCUCCAUCAAGAAUGGGUCAUGAGAUCAUUGGAGGCAGGUCGCUGGCUAGAUGAGGAGGCUUUUGAGCUUCAUGAAUUCCCUGCUAUUAAGCAAUGCAGGAUUGCACGGGAGACUCUUGGUGUGAAUCCUGAUAUUUUCAGCUCUAUUGAAUCAAUAUAUGUAUCAAAAGAUACAACUCCACCACGCUCAGAUUUAGUUGACCUACUGGGGCUAUGUGGUGCUAAUAUUGUCAACACAGCUCGUCAAGCCAAAUUAAUAGUCGGACCAUAUCAGAGACGGUCAUCGUUUACCAGUGUUAUAUUUGUGAAGGAACAAUGGGUUCUUGAUUCUAUUCAGGAAAAUAUGUUGCAACCAUUUAGGCCCUACCGUCAAUAAUAUUCUGUGCUAUUAGAUAAGAGCUUUAAUACUGAGUUCUGUGAUAUUAUAUUUAAGUUCAUCUAGCCUAUUCAGGACAAUCAUUUUGAUGCAUUUUUAAAAUAUGAUUUUGAAGUGGUUAUAUAAUGUUUAAAAUUUUGAUAGUUUUGUUGCCCCAUCUGGGCAAUUAGGCUCAACCAACCGAGCUCUGAUAAAGUUUUCUUUUCUGUGUAUGUGCACAUAUAGUUGUGCAGAAACCUUUUGUAAUCUUUUUGAGUUUCUUAGAUAUUUAGUCGAAGUUUGAUUGCAACAAAUUUCAGUUUGGUUUGUUUAAUAAUCACAAUCACUAAUAAGAACAUAUAUAUUAAUUUUAUUAAAAUAAUAAAUUAAUUAAUGAAGAAAAUGGAA